UUGAAAAAAAAAAACCUUUUUCUUAGUUUUUGUUAUAAAAUUUUGCAAAUAAGUGAUUUUUCUCCUUCACUGAUGUGCGCUAAUGAGGCUGCAGUGAUGGGCACUAAUAGGCUGCACUGAUGGACACUGAUAGGUGGCACUGAUGAGGAGGCACUGGUAGGUGGCACUGAUGGGCACUGAUAGGCGGGCACUGAUAGGUGGCACUGACAGGCGGCAUUGACUGGCA